AUGUGUGCUUCCAGAGUGGCUCUGGGAGUCGCCGUACUCUCAUGGACAUCCUGGAUCGGAGCGUGCUGGUUUACGUCAUUUUGCUUCCGAUCUCGGUACUCGGUUGAUCCAACUAGGCCCCGUGGACAUGUCAGGCUGGUAUCUUACCGAAAAGGAAUGAUGGUGGAUGGCUACAAAUCUGAGGCUUCUCUCGGCAAUGAGUGCAUAGGUGCAAUGAGAUCAGAUCGGUGGGUCUGCUAUGGAUUGGGCGCCGAUAGGCAACGGGAGUUGGGGGCAUUUGCGGCAGUCUCAGCAGGCAAUGUUCACACCUGUGAGGUGAAGUCAGAUGGUCAGCUGGUUUGUUUUGGAUGCAGUAUGCGUGACGACAAGGGGCAAUGUGAUGUGCCACCUGACUUGGGAAGGGUUGUGGCAGUCUCAGCAGGCUACGAUCACACCUGUGCAGUGAAAUCCGAUGGUCAGCUGGUCUGCUUCGGAGACAAUACCAACAGACAAUGCGAUGUGCCGACCGGUUUGGGAGCAGUUGCAGCAGUUUCAGCAGGCCAUGGUCGCACCUGUGCAGUGAAAUCCGACGGUCAGUUGGUUUGCUUUGGAUCGAACAUGCUGGGAGAAUGCAAUGUGCCGACGGAUUUGGGAUCAGUUGUGGAAGUUUCGGCUAGCUAUGAUCAUACUUGUGCACUGAGAUCAGAUGGUCGGCUGGUCUGCUUUGGAUGGAACUCACAGGGACAAUGCGAUGCCCCCACGGAUUUAGGAGCAGUGAAGGCAAUCUCAGCAGGCGGUAGGCACACUUGCGUAGUAAGAUCAGAUGAUCAGUUGGUCUGCUUUGGCUGGAACACGUACGGACAGUGCGAUGUGCCGUCGGAUUUAGGAGAAGUUGUGGCAGUCUCAGCAGGUUAUCUGCACACGUGCGCAGUCAAAACCAAUGGUCAGUUGGUUUGCUUUGGAAUGAACGCCGACGGGCAGUGUGAUGUGCCAACGGAUUUGGCAGAGGUUGUGGCAAUCUCAGCAGGUUACGCUCACACGUGCGCAGUCCUAUCAGAUGGUCAGCUGGUCUGCUUUGGAUUGAAUACCGACUGA